AUGUCUGUCAGCCAGCCAGCCCAGUCAGCCAAGCCAGUCAUUCAACCAGCCAAGCCAGUCAUUCAACCAGCCAAGCCAGUCAUUCAACCAGCCAAGCCAGUCAUUCAACCAGCCAAGCCAGUCAUUCAACCAGCCAAGCCAGUCAUUCAACCAGCCAAGCCAGUCAUUCAACCAGCCCAGCCACAGGGCUGCAACACAGCACGGCCGUCAACACAGCACGGCCUGCAACACAGCACGGCCGUCAACACAGCACGGCCUGCAACACAGCACGGCCUGCAACACAGCACGGCCGUCAACACAGCACGGCCUGCAACACAGCACGGCCGUCAACACAGCACGGCCGUCAACACAGCACGGCCUGCAACACAGCACGGCCUGCAACACAGCACGGCCGUCAACACAGCACGGCCUGCAACACAGCACGGCCGUCAACACAGCACGGCCGUCAACACAGCACGGCCGUCAACACAGCACGGCCUGCAACACAGCACGGCCUGCAACACAGCACGGCCGUCAACACAGCACGGCCUGCAACACAGCACGGCCGUCAACACAGCACGGCCUGCAACACAGCACGGCCGUCAACACAGCACGGCCUGCAACACAGCACGGCCGUCAAAACAGCACGGCCUGCAACACAGCACGGCCGUCAACACAGCACGGCCGUCAACACAGCACGGCCGUCAACACAGCACGGCCUGCAACACAGCACGGCCUGCAACACAGCACGGCCGUCAACACAGCACGGCCGUCAACACAGCACGGCCUGCAACACAGCACGGCCUGCAACACAGCACGGCCGUCAACACAGCACGGCCGUCAACACAGCACGGCCUGCAACACAGCACGGCCUGCAACACAGCACGGCCUGCAACACAGCACGGCCUGCAACACAGCACGGCCUGCAACACAGCACGGCCUGCAACACAGCACGGCCUGCAACACAGCACGGCCUGCAACACAGCACGGCCGUCAACACAGCACGGCCUGCAACACAGCACGGCCUGCAACACAGCACGGCCGUGCAACACAGCACGGCCUGCAACACAGCACGGCCUGCAACACAGCACGGCCGUCAACACAGCACGGCCGUCAACACAGCACGGCCUGCAACACAGCACGGCCGUCAACACAGCACGGCCUGCAACACAGCACGGCCGGCAACACAGCACGGCCGUCAACACAGCACGACCUGCAACACAGCACGGCCGUCAACACAGCACGGCCGUCAACACAGCACGACCUGCAACACAGCACGGCCGUCAACACAGCACGGCCGUCAACACAGCACGGCCGUCAACACAGCACGGCCUGCAACACAGCACGGCCGUCAACACAGCACGGCCGUCAACACAGCACGGCCGUCAACACAGCACGGCCGUCAACACAGCACGGCCGUCAACACGAACGACACAAGGGUGUGACAGUACACAAUUAGGGAGAGUUUCAGCUCUCACGGUAGAGUCCAAAGGUGCGCUGUGUCGGUCAG